AUGACGAAAGUGACCACCCCUGAGAGACCAAUAGAUGAGUGGGCGGAUGACGUCAAACCGAGCUUUGUCAUCCAGGGACUGAUGGACUCUUUUGGCCCCGGAUGUAAAGUUGUCACACUGGAGACGGAAUUACCUGCAUUAAAGUCCCAGCUGUUGAAAAAGAAGGAAACUAUUUCGAAGAAGCAAAUCCAAAUGGAAGCAAAAGUUAAUGCUGUUAAAGUGAACGUCGUUUCUGAAAAAGAUCGAUAUGCAAGGAUGGAACAUGACAUAAAGUCUUUUGGUAACAACGCGAGAGAAAAGAUAACUCUCAUAGUAAAUAAACUUCUAGAUGAACUGAAAGAAGUUUCUGAAAAGCACAUUGAACAACUGACAGCCGACCUAAAGUCGGGUGAAAUAUCAGUACAGAUGUACCGACAGCAGGCUGAGCUGAUAGACCAGAUUCUACAAUCUGAGUGUGACAUGGACGUGUAUGAGAUGUAUCAGGGAUGUGAGGCCGGUGAUGUGGAUGCUGUUGGAGACGUAGACGUGAAGAAGAGGGGGAGAAUAGCCAGGAUCAUGUUGAGACAGAACCAAGACAUGUAG